AUGACUUGUGUCCUUACAAGAAGACAGCCAUGGGAAUACAGGGACAAGCAGAGAGAUCUCUUUGUGAUAACAAAGCCAGAGAUUUGGAGUUAUGCAGCUGCAAACCAAGAAAUGUCAAAUAUAACCAGAAAAUCACCAGAAGCUAGAAAGAGGGUCCUUCCAACUGGUGACUUCAGCAUCUGGGACUUCGAGGACUCUGCAUCCAGCAAGUGGAAGGGGAAAGAGCUUGGAGAAGGCACAUCUGCUUCUAAGAGCUUUAGCCAAGAAGUGAUACCAGUCACUUCUGCUUACGUUCCGUGGGUAAAAACUGGUCUCGCGCUGUACCUUGAUGCAGAUGGACUGGGAGAUGUAGACCUUGUCUGGGAAGUGACACCUAGUGAUAACUACAUACUGUGCAGGGAGGAAUAUGAGCUUAAGUCGACACCAGCUACUUUGUCACAGUCAAAGACACAGGUGAAAGUCUUUGGCAAUGAAAUUAAACUAGAAAAACCAAAGGGAAAAGACAGUAAGAAAGAACGAGAUGCGAGAACACUUUUGGCUAAAAAUCUUCCUUAUAAAGUUACUCAGGAAGAAUUAAAAGAAGUGUUCGAAGAUGCUGUGGAGAUCAGAUUAGUCAGCAAGGAUGGAAAGAGUAAAGGGAUUGCUUAUAUUGAAUUUAAGACAGAAGCUGAUGCAGAGAAAACCUUGGAAGAAAAGCAGGGAACAGAGAUAGAUGGGCGAUCCAUUUCCCUGUACUAUACCGGAGAGAAAGGUCAAGGUCAAGACCAUAGAGGUGGAAAGAAUAGCACUUGGACUGGUGAAUCAAAAACCCUGGUUUUAAGCAACCUCUCCUAUAGUGCAACAGAAGAAACUCUUCAGGAAGUAUUUGAGAAGGCAACGUUUAUCAAAGUGCCCCAGAACCAAAGUGGCAAAUCUAAAGGGUAUGCAUUUAUAGAAUUUGCAUCAUUUGAAGAUGCUAAAGAAGCUUUAAAUUCAUGUAAUAAAAGGGAAAUUGAGGGCAGAGCCAUCAGGCUGGAGUUGCAAGGACCCAGGGGACAACCUAAUGCAAGAAGCCAGCCAUCCAAAACUCUGUUUGUCAAAGGUCUGUCUGAGGAUACUACAGAAGAGACAUUAAAGGAGUCGUUUGACGGCUCUGUUCGUGCAAGGAUAGUCACUGACCGGGAGACUGGAUCCUCUAAGGGGUUUGGUUUUGUAGACUUCAACAGCGAGGAAGAGGCCAAAGCUGCCAAGGAGGCCAUGGAAGAUGGUGAAAUCGAUGGAAACAAAGUUACUUUGGACUGGGCCAAGCCUAAGGGUGAAGGUGGCUUCGGUGGCCGAGGAGGAGGCCGAGGUGGCUUCGGUGGCCGAGGAGGAGGCCGAGGUGGCGGCCGAGGUGGAUUUGGAGGCCGAGGCCGGGGAGGCUUUGGAGGGCGAGGAGGCUUCCGAGGAGGCAGAGGAGGAGGAGGAGGAGACCACAAGCCACAAGGAAAGAAGACGAAGUUCGAAUAGUUUCUUCUAUCCCUGUCUUCCCCUCUUCCAUUUGAAAGAAAGGACUCUGAGGUUUUUACUCUGUUACCUGCUCAAUGACAGAGCCUUCUGAGGACAUUCCAAGACAGUAUACAGCCCUGUGGUCUACUUGGAAAUCCGUAUAGAUAACAUUUCAAGGGAGAUAACCCUGUUGGUGUUGACUGGAUAUUCGUAUAAACUUUUUAAAGAGAUGAGUGAUAGAGCUAACCCUUAUCUGUAAGUUUUGAAUUUAUAUUGUUUCCUCCCAUGUACAAAACCAUUUUUUUCCUAUGGAGUUUUUUGGUUUUGUUUUUGUUUUUUUGCGUUGGUGGGUUAUAAAGGAAAGCAGAAUGUUUUAUCAUGA